AUGGAGUCUUCACUGAUAAAUUUGGAUCUAAUCUCUGACACGAAAGUAUCAUCGCAAAUAAAUCUUCCUCCCGAUGCAAAAUCUAUGACUCAAGAUGAGAUAGAUACACAUAUAUUUUUCAUGCGUGAAGCUCUUGCUAUGGCAAAUCUCGCCCUGAACACCAAUGAGACCCCCGUAGGUUGUGUACUCGUUGAUCCAAUCCUCAAGAAGAUCGUAGCUAGAGGAAUGAAUGCCACCAACAGGAGUUAUAAUGGGACAAGACAUGCAGAAUUUAUUGCUGUUGAUGAAUUGCUGUCUUCGGGUCCCAAGGUUGAACGUAGCGACGCGGAUGAAAGUAAGAGUGCGAAAAGAAAGAGAGGAGAGAAUGGAAGUGAGGGCAACGACGAAAAAGACGAUGAGAGCGAAAGUUUAAAGCGUGGGUAUGGGCCGGAAGAUGUGAAGUAUUUGGAUCUAUACGUCACGAUAGAACCAUGCAUAAUGUGUGCAUCAUUAUUGCAACAAUUUGGAAUACGAAAAGUAUGGUAUGGGGCGGUCAAUGAUAAAUUUGGAGGGAAUGGUGGAGUUUUGAAUAUUCAUGUUAGGAACGGAAAAUUUAAUAGCAAUGACGCCGGCGAAGAUGAAGCAAAAGAUGGCAGGAAUCAGACAGUCGAAGAAGAAAGAACAGAGAAACAUGAGGGCGAUUAUGAAGUUAGUGGUGGGUGGUUGCGAGAAGAAGCUAUUGUUAUUUUAAGGAGAUUUUAUGUCCAAGAGAAUGGAAGGGCGCCCGAACCCAGAAACAAGAAAGAGAGAAUAUUGAAAUUAGAGGUGGAACCAAUAAUAGAUUCGAGAGUAAAGGGUGAUGAAACGGGCUAA